AUGUCUACAGGCGCCAACCUGGAGAUAGUUGAUGCCGCUCUGGCAAAUGUGCACGCCCCUCACAACAACACAAGGGGCAGUAUGAGUCUGGAAAAGCAUGAUAAGUUUGUGUCGACUUCUGAGAGCCUUCUUGGCCCUAAUGGCGAGCAAUACCCUACCGAUGAAGACUGGCAACAGCUCCGCCGCGUAUAUGGCAAAGUCAACUGGAUGAUCUACGUUAUUGGUAUUGUGGAGAUGUGUGAGCGUUUUGCCUACUACGGAACCACCGCGGUAUUUGUCAACUUCAUUCAGAGAGACCUGCCUACUUCAGGACCUUUCCCGGAAGCAGGCGCUGCAGGUGAUGGGCAGCCUGGCGCACUUGGAAUGGGCCAGCGCGCUAGUACUGGCCUCGUCCAAUUCAACUCCUUCUUCUCCUACAUCAUGCCCCUAGUCGGCGGAUGGGUUGCAGAUGAAUACUGGGGAAAAUUCAAAACGAUCUAUUUUGCGAUUGGAGUCGCAACCCUCGGACAUGUCUUGAUCAUCAUCGCCGCGAUCCCUCAGGUUAUGGGGCCAAACCCCGAAGGAGCUCUUGCCUCAUUCAUCCUAGGGUUGAUCUUGUUUGGAACCGGCGUGGGCUUCUUCAAGUGCUGCAUAUCUCCAUUGAUUGCGGAGCAGUAUGAGGCCAGCCACCCGCGAGCUUUCAUUCGCACCGAACCAAACGGAGAACGAGUUAUCGUCGAUCCAGGGAUCACCUACUCCCGAGUUUACAUGCGCUACUACCUUCUGAUCAACGUUGGAGCACUUGUUGGUCAAGUUUCCAUGGUGUACGCAGAGAAAUACGUCGGGUUUUGGCUUUCUUUCACAUUGCCAACCAUUCUCUUCGCCCUCUGCCCACUUCUGAUGCUUGCUUUCAGUAAGCAUUACGUCAAGAAGCCUCCGCAGGGUGACGUGCUUGUCAAAUCGAUGAGAACGUAUGGCUUGGUUCUGAAAGGGCGCUUCUCGCUCAAUCCUGUACAAACGUGGAGGAACCUUUCUGAUCCAAACAUCUGGGAUGCUGCGAAGCCAAGCAAGAUCGCAAACAAACCAGCAUGGAUGACUUUCGAUGACGCGUGGGUGGAGGAAGUUCGACGUGGCAUCAAAGCCUGUCAAGUAUUCUUCUGGUUGCCGAUAUUCUGGCUACCUUAUGGCCAGAUGACUAGCAACCUAGUUUCACAAGCGUCUACUAUGAAACUUAACGGUGUACCAAACGAUGUAGUGCACAAUCUGAAUCCAUUCACGCUGCUCAUUUCCAUUCCGAUCUUCGACAAGAUCAUAUAUCCAAGGCUUGCCCAUUGGGGUAUCAAUUUCACUCCCUUGAAGAAGAUCCAAGCCGGUUUCGCCUGUGCCAUGCUCUCCAUGGUUGUUGCAGCAGUCAUUCAGCACUUUAUCUACCAAAAGUCGCCAUGUGGAGAAUUUCCAACAGAUUGCGACCAGCCACCUGACCUUUCGGUGUGGACUCAGGUUCCAGCCUACAUCCUCAUUGCAUUCUCGGAGAUCUUCGCAUCGAUCACUGGAUUAGAGUACGCGUACACAAAAGCACCGAAGAAUAUGCGCUCGUUGGUUACAGGCAUGUUUUGGUUUACCCAUGCCUUCUCUUCUGCCAUUGCGCAAGCCUUCGUACCAUUGGCUGGUGAUCCACUCCUUGUAUGGCUGUACAUGAGUAUCGCCAUCUUGACAUUUCUCGGUUGGGUGGGUUUCGCCUGGACCUUCAGAACAUUGGACAAAGAGAACGAUAUGCUUGACAAGCUUCCUGAAGGUGGCUUCCAGUCUAACGCUGAGUACGCCGCGGCGAAGACUGAGAAUGCCGAAAGAGCCUGA